AUGCCUGCUGUCGAAAGUCAGCUAAAACGACGUUCAAAGUCGCUCGACGAUCUUGCCUUGAAAUGCACCAUUGCAGACACAAAGGCCUGGUUGCAAUCUGACCCCGAUCGCCUGUGCCAUUACAAUGACAUAUCAACACCCACUUCACCCGUGGUGACCUUUGUGUCUUCGCCCACUGAGGAUCUACCAAAACGACGCCAUAGUUCAUGUUGCGAGCCUAUUAGCAGCAAAGAGUGCCUGAGAUUAGCAACCAUUUAUGGAUGGGUCACUACAAACACAUUGAGCUGCCCCUAUGACAUGGCAAAGUAUUCAUCCCGCGACGUUGUGCAGCUCAUGCCAGAUCCACCCACCAAAUUACUACAACACCAAAAACGUCGACAACCACCCGUGCCCAUGUUGUAUUCUUCUCGAUCCUUCACUCAAGAUUACCUUGCUUCCAACAAGCUCUCAAAAAUGUUCAUGCGCAAACGUACUUUGGAUAAACGAAAGCAACGCAGCACACCAUCCAUUCAACUUUCUUCGCUCCACGCAUCACCAAAACAACUCGAUGGCAUCAACACAACAACCGAUAUUUAUGACGACAACCAGCUUACUAUCGACACAACCAAAGCCAACAACAAUGACAACGUGCCUCUCCCAACGCCACCUAUCGAGAAUGAUCCCCAUGUGUUCGAUGUUCUUUCCAAAGACCUCCCUUGCUUCAUCACCUACAAUAAUCGAGAUGAUGAUACCACGGUGAUGACUUCUGCUACAGUGGAAAAGCUCGUUGAAAAGCUGACAAGUGAAAUGGACUCAGAAUUCAUGAUGGAUUUCUUUUUGACCUAUCGCCAAUUUUUAUCAUCCAUCAAGCUAUGCAAGCUUUUGAUUCUUCGUUUUCGAUGGGCAUUACUGGAAAAUACGGAUGACCGAUCCUUAGUUCGCAUACGCACGUUUGUGGUGAUUCGACACUGGUUGACGCAUUACUGGGAUCACGACUUUUCAAAGUCGCGUACAUUGAGGUUUAUCCUGUCCACAUUUUUAUCCGAGUUGCGUAGUCAUCCCACUAUUCUUGGAUCACCUCGUGAUGCACGUAUCAUCAAGAGCCUCAGGAACUUGUUCAAGCGACAACGGAAGCAGAAACAAGGAAGGAUGGAUGAAGACAUCCAAUCUUCAUGUGAUCGAGCAUCAUUGUCCACGACGCCUGGGCUUUUUGAUACACGACGAUCAAGUAACAGCCGCGGGGGCAUGAUUGAGGAACAUCGUCGUAAAGAUAGUGGAUUUGGCAACAUCCAAAGUUCAAAAGCACAACAUCAUGGGCGACCGAAUAGCACAUCCUCCUCAUCCUCAACAACCAUUUCAUCACCUUGGGCUACUCGAGUAAGCUCAAGUCUCAAAAGCAUCAAACGUUCCAUGUGGCAUCGAGCAUCCUCAUCUUUAACUUCUACGACAUCCGAUGAUAUCCAACACUAUCCUUCUCCUCAACCAUCCAUAUCCACGCCUAUACCAUCUCAUACAGCAACAGCAACAACAAAAUCAUCCCGUCACCAAUCUCAUUAUUCAUAUCCACCUAAUCUCACUCCUUCGCCAUCGCAUCGCCUUUUACGGACCUCUCCUUUGGGCAUCGAACGAUUAUCAGCUACCAUCUUUGGGAGUGAUUCCAAUAACAGCAAGUCCACCUAUCGUCCUUUUAUCUUGUUUUAUCGCACUGAAACUGUUGCACAGCAAUUUUGCAUGAUUGAACGGCAAAUGCUACAAUAUGUCACUUGGGAUGAGCUGGUGGAAUUAAGGUGGAAGGAUCGACGAUCGGGAGCAGCGUCAAGAUCACCCAUUGUGGAUGAUGGUACAAAGGAGCAAUCGGGCGUGGAGCAAUUGAUUGGCUAUUUUAACAGGACAUGUCAAUGGGUGACUUCAGAAAUCGUGCAAUCACAAUCUUUGGAACUUCGUGUGCGUGUGAUUGAAAAAUACAUUCGAAUUGCCUUGAAAUGUUAUAUGCAUAGGAAUUAUAGCACGCUCAUGCAGAUAUUGUUGGGUCUUCAAUCACCAGCCGUAUCAAGAUUGGAAAAGACAUGGCAACGUGUCAACACAUACGAGAUGCAAGUGCUGGACGACCUCAAGGAAUUGACCAAACCCUUUCGCAAUUGGAAGAACAUCCGUGCUGCUAUGAGUAAAGCCAUUGAAGACAUUGCUGAAGCAUCCGCCGUCGAAAGCAUCUUAACGCACGCUCAUGAUGAUGAUGCUAUCCAUGCUACAGAUGCGCGUGGAAGUAUUCCAUUUCUCGGCCUUUAUUUAUCUGAUCUUGUAUUCAAUGCCGAGCUACCAUCCAUUUUGACAUCUACCAGUAAUCAGCAACAACAACAUGGCAACGGCACCUUUAACACGACACAACCUCCUGACGCAGACAACGAAUUACGUACACGACUCAGUACCCAUUUAGUGAACUAUAACAAGUUUAGGAUUACAGCCUCGGUGGUUCGACAUGUGUUGGCUUUCCAAGUACUUUCUCGAGCAUACGACUUUGAUUAUCAUCCAGAUGUAUUCUCAAAACUUCAACAACUCCAAUUCUUGGAUAAUGCAGACCGCACCCACCCAACCCCGUGUCGUUUUGGUCUACAGUUAUAA